GAGACGUUGCCUGAAGAACAAAAAAGAAAGGAAGAAAUGUGGCGUGUCGUACUGCACAACGACGAAGUCCAUACGUUCAAUUAUGUGAUUCGCUCGCUCUGUAAGGUAAUUGGAACACUGGAUCGAAAAGCUGCUUUCGAAAUUUGCGUACAAACACAUGGCAUUGGCAAAGCGACCAUCACCAAAACAUGGAAGAAGCAAGCGGAACAGCACUGCCUAGGACUGCAACGGCAAGGAUUGACUGUCAGCAUUUCGCCAGAU